AUGGGACCCACUUUGGAACCCACCAGGAUUCCACGUGUCGAGUGUGGAGACGCGGUCGUGCAGAGGGCAUCGGUUCCCAGCGUCUCCGCAUCACAUCGUUCUCAGGCGGUGGCGCUGCGACUCUACUCCCUCCCCAGCUACGCCGCUGGCUCGGUCUGGGCGUGGGCCGCAGUCCUCGCCGCGGCGCUCGGCAUCUGGGGCAUCAGGACCGUCGGAUCCAGAUCCGACGCCUCCCCUCCGCGUCCUCCACUUAACGUUCCCGCUCUCCCUGCCGAGCGGGCCGACCCGCAGGCCUCGGCGGCGACCGAUCGGAAGGAAUUCCGACCGAUCUCGCAGCCGUCCGGAUGCCACGUGAAGGAAACGAACGCGGCCAAGGCACCGUUCACGGCGUACUACCACGGCGCCUCCCGCGACGGCUGCGGCGUGGUGGAGGACGACGACGAAAGCGAGGAGGGCGAAGAAGACGGCGUUCCCGGCGUCGGCUGCCGGGCGACGGCGCUGUGGGAUGGAGGCAGGCAGUUGGAUUGGUUGAUGGCACGGCAGCGGCGGCGGCCGGAUGACUUGGGAUGGUACCGUUACCAGGACAUGACGGCGCUUAACGGAAGCGUGGUGAGGUUGUGGGACGGCGGCUUGACGACGAGGCGACGACCGCGGCAGAAGCCAUUCUAGGAAACAGCAACGUGUGAAGUGUAAAUGCGUGUCUUUCAUAUGUGAAAGGACACAUUUGCCCUUAUCCUUUCUCCUUUUCCUUGUGAAUAGAAGCCAGCGAAGGACCAUUCGAUCCGUGGAUCGGAGGGUGAUGUUGGGACUUCGGUUCGGAGAAUUUGAUGAGGGCAUCAGUAUACCCUCCUGAAAAUUGGCACGCGGUGUCUCCCUUGUUAAUAAUUAUUUGAUGGUUCAAUAAAUAAUUGACCUAAACAAGGUUAUCAUAA